GAAUUUUAGUAUCAAGAGCUUCUAAAUAAUACAAGUAGUUAGUAGUAUACCUACUUUUAAAUUAAAUGAAACAAAAAAAAAACCGUUUUUGUUUAAGUAAUUUCAAAACAUAUUUGAUCUUAUUCCUGACCCACAUCACAUUCCAUACUUCCAUCGAUGAUUAUUAUAGUUGAGACUGAUCAAUAAAUUAUAAUUUAUGCUUAGAGUUACUUUUUUUGAUGUUAUCACGUUUUGCUAUUAACAUUCAACAUAUUGUGUAAUUGUUUAUUAAUAAUUAAAUUAAUCAACUUUUAAUGAACAAAAUAUAAUAAGUCAUCCGUAAUAACGUUUAUAACACUCGAGAUAGAUACUCAUUCGCGGCAAUCGAUUAUAGAAAAAUUAUUAUAGUAUGUUGUCUUAUAUUAUGGCAAUAAGUAAGACUACUAUCUAAGCUGACGAACAUCGAAGUGGCCAUUGCGAUCAUAGAAAAUACAAAUUCGUUUUGGCUGUGACAUUAUGCAUUUGAAAAUAAGAAGUAUUUUUUCGACGUCGACAUUCCGUUUUUGUUUUAUUCUAGUCUUCCUAUUUUGCAUUUGGCAGCUAACCAAAAUAGUAACAUUUUUGUUUGAUAACUCAAAUCAGACUAACAUUUAUUCAACGCUUCCUCAAAAUAUUGAUAGUUAUGUAAUCAAUAGUAAUGAUAAAUCGUAUCUAACAGUAAGUGUGUAUUAUGAGACAUUAUGUCCUGAUUCAAGAAAUUUUAUUCAUCAGCAUUUAGUUCCAUCCUUCAACAAAGCCCCCGAUCGCUUCAAAAUUGAUUUUAUUCCAUAUGGCAAAGCAAAGACAGAUCAAAACUCAGACGGUUCAUUAACCUUUGCUUGUCAACACGGACCAGUAGAAUGCCAUGGCAAUAAAAUCCAUUCAUGUGCCAUUCAAUAUAUAAAAGAUAGAACUGUGUUAAUUAAAUAUCUGGCGUGUAUGAUCAAUGAUAACUAUGAACCUGAAAGAAUUGGCAUUUUCUGUGCAAAUAGUCUCAACGUCAAUUGGAACAAAAUAUACAGUUGUUCAGAAGGAAAAGAAGGUGAACAAUUAUUAAAAUCAAACGGAGAUGCGACAAACAAAUUGUGGCCUGAAGUUUCUUUUAUUCCUACUAUUUUAAUAAAUGGUGUUAGUUAUUUUUGGAACGACCUCGACAAGCUUCCGUUUUAAAAGAUUUUUGGGGCGUAGCCUGUAGUUACUUUCCGGCCGAAUCAAAACCCAGUGCUUGUUAAUUCCACAGACAUUUUUCUUUUUCGACACUUUUUUUAAAAAUUAUAUAUAACAUUAGCCAUUUAAUAUGUACAAGUGUUAUGUGAUAAAAUCAUAUGUGAUGUGAAUAACAAUAAAUGGACCUUUUUUCAGCAUUUUCCAAAAUUGAGUUAGUGCUAUUUUCAUCAAUUUGAGACCUGAUACAUUUUUGUAGCUAAAAAAAUUAAUUCAGUUAUUACACCUUAAGCUUAAUUGAUGUUUUGGUGUUUUUCUCAAAUUCAAUUUUGCCGACAAGAGGUCUCUUUUCGCUACCCACAUCACAUAUUAUGUUCAAUGUAAUAUGUUUGUUCAAUUAUUUGUCUUUUAAACUUUUUUAUGAUUACAUUUGUUUUUUGUUUAAUAAAAAGUCAUUAAAUUGAUGA